UGACGUCGUGUCGACCUCCCAGGGUGCUUCGAGCGACGUAACCGUAGCACAAAGUCUGUCCGAUCCGGCUUGGGUGUUUUUGCGGACGAUUGUGUGAGUUUUGCCGUCGCUCGGGAGAUGAACAGCGUGGGCGAGGCUUGCACGGAGCUCAAGCGGGAGUACGACCAAUGUUUCAACCGAUGGUUCGCCGACAAGUUCCUGAAGGGAGAGCGGGGCGCCGAGCCGUGCGCGGACAGCUUCCGGCUGUACCAACGCUGCGUGCAAAAGGCCAUCAAGGACAAGGACAUCCCCGUGGACGGCCUGGACUUCAUGGGCCCCAACAAGGACAAACCCGACGGCUGAAAAAGACAACAAGUGACGAGACGAGCGCCCUACGCCCCCCAACAACACCCGCAAACCCCCAAAACUGACUGACCGCGGCUACCGAGUCAGCAUGCGCACGGAAGAGCGCAGUCGGACCUGAUCACUUGCUCUUGUCUUUUUGUCCCCACAGCGGCACACGGGACAGAAAGACAUUCUGCACUCCGGGACGAGAUGAACAUUUCGAUAGUUUUGGCUGUGUGUUUUGUGACACAAAUGCCUACGAGCACCUCUGGCUUGCCAAGUGCAUCGAUUUCCAAGUUUCUUCACGUACCCAAAUCGCAAAUUCUCUUGAAUUCAGUUCUUUUUUUUAUGGCAGGAAGCCGCUUUUUAAAUAAACGGAAAAAUAUUUGAACAAAGUAUUUUCUUUGACUUGUGAAUACUAAACAUGAAUUUGUUGUGUCGGCUACUGUACGGAAGCCGAGCUGCCAAUAUGACG